CAUUGGCUCCCGCACCUGUCUCUCACCCUCUGUCACAAAGGUGUUAUUCAGACGCCUUUGACAGGUACGAAGAUGUCGCCGAGGAGAGAACCGAAGCCACGGACAUCUCCGGGCUCCCCAGGUUCCGUGCGGGCUUCUCGGACUUAGGCGCGGUGAGAUGCUGCUUGUACCGGACCUCCGAUCACCUCUCCCCGCCUGCGACAGCGAGCACAGCCGGACCCUCUGGAUGUAGCCUAGUUAGCAUUCUGCUGCUACUAGCCUCCGCUCAGAAAGCUGUGAUGGUCGUCCAUGAUGUGAUGUGAGCGCGGUGAGCAGAGCCCACCCCUCUCCUGCUCCUCCUCACCUUUGACCCUGCUGUCUCCUGACCCGUGAGUACCUUCCCAAGAUGGCUGACAGGAAAGAGCCGCCCUUCUUUAACGAUGAGAGCGUGGGGGCGUUCCAGUACAAACUGCCUUUCUACGACACCAUGGAGCUUUACAUAGAGACGCUGACCGGCACCUGCUUCGAGCUCCGCGUCCUGCCCUUCGAGGCUGUCGUCUCCGUCAAGGCAAAGAUCCAGAGGCUAGAAGGGAUCCCUGUGGCCCAGCAGCACCUGAUCUGGAACAAUGUGGAGCUGGAUGAUGAGCACUGUCUGCACGAUUAUGGGAUCGCUGAGGGCUGCACACUGAAGCUGGUCCUGGCCAUGAGGGGAGGUCCAAUUAACACCAGGAAAGUGACCAUGGAGGAGCCCACGAAGGACGUAUCUGAGUUGAUGGAAAGCACCAAAGAGGAGGGCUGGGACAAGGCUGCGAACAGUAAACAGGUCACGUUUGUGGUCUACAGAGACGGAGACCAGCUCAACUUCUUCAGAGUGGUGGACAGAGGGGACGGGACCCUCACGCCCCUCUCCCAGUCCAUGAGCGGCGGUUCUGUGUAUAACGUUUACACAGAAGAGGAGGAGGAGGGGGACAGCGCUGCAGCUCAACACAGGCGUGAGAACUCCAUCACCAUGACCAAAAUGAGACUGCUCAAAGCCAAGAUGGAAGACAUGAACCUGAACAAGAAGCCCAAGAAAUCUGCCAAGGCGAAGCCCCGCCCCCCUGCCCCCCCUCACCCCGGCGCUCCCUCUCUCUCCUCCUCCUCCAUUCCCCGUCACCACCGGCUCUUCCGCUCUCUCUCCCACCUCCACCCCGGCCGUCCCUCCAGCUCCCACCUGCCUCCCAUCCAGGACCAGGACCCCACCGAGCCCUACCCCUCCCACCUGCCCCUGCCCAGACGCCCCUCCCCCUCCUGCUACAUGCUCCAGGACGAGCAGUGGGACACCUGCCCUCCCCUCGCCAACAUCCGCCCCCCUCCCAAGGUGUCCCGUCUGGACAUGGGCGGGCGACUCAUGCGGGACUGCGUUUACCCCCAGCUCCCGCCUCUAUGCACUAGGGCGGCGCCGGAAGCCAUUCUGGACCCUGGCGAGAACCUUGGCGACGCGCUCGGGUUGAGUUUGCUCGAGGAAACCGCCGGACUCAUGGCGCAAACGCAGCCCCAGUUCGCCGAAUUGAGCGAUCCGUUGACGUUGGACGUUUCGAGUCCUCAAGAUGGUCUCCGAAUGUCCCCGUCUUUUCAUAUUGGUCCGUCUUCUUCGCCCAUUCCUACAUCGUCAUCUCCGAAUGGUACUUCCAGAACUUUUGAGACACAAACUUUAGUCAAACCGGUCUCGCCACUCCCACCGCAUUUAAGAGGGGUGAAGGUGGAAUCGCCAGGGAAACGGCCAGAGUUGAUAUCCAAAAUGGAGGCCAGGGGGAUCACCAGAAUGGCCAACCAAGCCUGCAAGGAGCCAGUGGGGUCCCUAAGCCAGUCUGAACUCAUGGCGACGCUCUCUGCACGAGCGUUACAAGGCAGUAGUAGUAACAGAAGUAAUAGCAGUAUUGGUGGUAGCAGCAGUAGGGAUAAGCUGAGUCUUGGAGCAGGUUCCAGGUUGCCGAUGCUCAGUACCAGACUUCACCAGGAGGGGGCAGUCAGACAAGCAUUGCCUCUACACAGGAGCAUCACAGCACAUAUGGCCUCCAGCAGCCCGAGCUCCACCGCAGGAGUCCUGACCUCACUGGGGAGAAUAGGCUCUUCGUCUCACCCACUGCCCCCAGUCCGAGCGUCUGCCGGGACCAAGAAGAAGACUUCUUCCUCUAAACACUGCUUCCACUGUGGCAAGAAGACCGGCCUGGCCACCAGCUACGAGUGCAGGUGCGGUCAGAACUUCUGUGCCACUCACCGCUAUGCAGAGACCCACUCCUGCUCCUACGACUACAAGAGCGCAGGCCGGCGGGUUCUACAGGAGACCAACCCGCUCAUCAGCGCCCCCAAGCUGCCCAAGAUCUGAACUGCACCACCCCAUUCUCUCAUUCUAUACCCGAAAGACUUUACUCAACUCUAUCACCACUGUGUGCUUUUAUAUCUCUAUAUCAGCCAAGCAACUUAAAGGCGCUGUACCGGAUUUUUACUCUCUCAAAAUCGUGAAAAACAAGUCGUUUAUUAAACAGUUCACAGUUUUUCAAAGUUAUUCCUCACUUACCUUAUGUAAUUAUUCAGAGCAAUGAGUUUUUCACAACUUUCAGAAAAAAGAGCGGAGUUUUACAGUUAAAGAUGCGCUGCCCAACUUUUCUGGUGAUGGUCUGAUACCUGCUUGUCUCCAUGGAGAUAUUAUUGCUUUCUCUAGAAUGUUCCAUGGUAUGACAUUAAAUAUAUCUAGCAUUUAUUCAUUACAGGUGUUUCUGUUGCUCAAAAAUACAAUAAUUCCUUCUGUGAAUAGGGCGACUCUCCACAGAUCUGAAUCGUAAUGUAGCGUAGUGCUGUGACCGGCUCGUCUCUGUCGUGAUAGAGAUAUUUAAUUUCUAUUGUUGAACAUUCUAUAUACCGUAUUUUGCACACUAUAGAUCACUCUGGAUUAAGGUGCACUGUCAUUGAAUGGUCUAUUUUCAAACUUUUUUUCACAUAUAAACUGCACCGGACUAUAAGGAGCAUUAAACGAAACACAACAGUUAGAUAAGUCAGUCAAACUUUAUUUAACGCGUUCACAAUAACUCUCAACUUUGUUCAAUUGUAGCCGUAAUGCUGCAAGUCUUGUGCCUUUGUAGUUUACUAAAGUUGUACUAAGACACUCGUAUAAAUUCAUAUAUAAGGCGCUCGGGAUUCUAAGGCACAGUCGUUUUUGUUGAAAUUAAUUUUGCGGUGCGGAAAAUACGGUACAUUCAAUUUCCACUGAGACAAGCAGGUGGCGGAUCCUCCACUAAAAAUGUUACGCAGUGCACCUUUAAACUGACAACUAACAUGCUUACUCACGCUUCCAAAUUAUUAUCGGACAAUAAAACUCUGCAGACAGCACGCAGCAGACAGUCCUUUGACCUCCAGUGCGGGUUAUACAGUAUAUCUGUACUCUGGCAAGACAUAUUUUGCUGAAAUACGUGGGGAAAAAAAUCUGGUACAGGACCUUUUAACCUGUAAACGCCACGUGUAAACAGCGGCAUAAAGUUUUAUUUAACCUUUCAAUGUGAACAUUUACAUACGCUUAAUAUUAUUAUUUGUCAUAUCGCUAAAGCGGCAUGUGUGUAAGUAUUUCCUGGUUGCACGUUCAUAUUUUCAGCUUAAAGAGGGGGUAUUAUGCAAAAUCAACUGUUUGGAGCUUUCUUCCAUGUUAUAACGUUGUACACUCAUCAAAAACAUGCCUGAAGAGGUUUUAGACAUCAGCCAUGCAUGUUUGAGUAAUCUAGUGAUCUGUCCUUGGCCUUAUUGAAACCCUGUUUAGUCAGCAGUACAAGACUCAGCCCACAAGCCUACGUCACUCAUGUUCCCACGCGACACUUCUCCAUAUAUAUACAAAAACACUAUACAAAACAGUACACUACAACUUCACAAACCUGAUGCGAUGUGCAAUAGUUUCAUUCACGCUCACUGUGUUGUGAUAGAGCUCUGAAGGGGGAGUGACAGAGCAAGGAAGUGGGACUCAGAGCAUCAAAAAGGAAACUGAAACAAAUUAAAUGUAAUGUUAAAGGGACAGUCCGAAAUUUAGGACAUAGGGCCUUAUUUCCUAGUGAGCCAGAGUGUUUGAGACGUGUGGAGACACUUUUUAAAAUAUUCCAUCCAGUCCUUGUAUUUGCAGAGGUCACUGGUGCUAGGCUAGUGCAUGUCAAUGGCCAUAGUUAGCCUGCCGCUAAAAACAGUCUUACCCACUCCACAAAACACCCGAAGCAAAUCUAUUAUUACACCAGACUGUCGAUGAGAAUGUCUGUGUCGAUAGAACAACUUUACAAAUAAAACCAACCUUGCAUUUGAAGGAUUUAUGUCUGAGCAGCAGCAGCGAGUUGUACUUCCUGAUGGAAAGCUUGGCAGCGGCGGACUGAUAUAUGAGAAAAUAGUCCCUCAACAUGCUACGAUCGCAUGCAACACAGACAUUUACAUAAAAAAUCUGGAGUAAUAAUAGAUUUACUUCCUUGUUUUUAGUAUACAAGGACUGUAUGGAAUAUUCUAAAAUUCUGAACUGUCCCUUUAAUAUUUAGUUUUUGGUGAAUAUAGCAUUUUCAAACCAAAAAAAGGUAACAUGGUAAUUUGAAUAUGUUUAUAUUUUCUGAUCUAUGUUAUAAUGUUGUUUCCUCAUCACAAACAGACCUCAAGUUGUGUUUUGUUUCAUUAACACACAAACCACUGUACCUUGUUCCACCUUGUGAUGUCAUGUUGUAAUACAGGAAGUGCUCCAGUGUGUUUUUAAACUCCAUAAUUCCACCUCCACUAAUAAUUUCAAUCCUGGAAUUGCCAAUCUUUACUGAAUUUAAAGUAGAAGGUGGCUGUUAACUUGAAAACUACCGCUUCAUGACAUCACAAGGUGGCAUUUUGAACUUUGGAGAUGUAGACAGACUAAUAUAAAGUGUUACUCAAAUACGUGUAAAUGAAACGAAACACAACUCCAGGUCUGUUUUUUGAGGAGGAAGCAACAUUAUAACACAUCUAAAAGCUCACAACACUUAAUUUUGUGUAAUUUAGGACCUAGUGUGAUACCCCCUCUUUAAAAAAUAUAGUUUAUUUUGACAAGUCUUGACAGAUGCACUUUAGACCCUCCAUAUUAUCACACAGAAUUAUCAUAACUACAAAUCGCUAUCACAUAACAGUUACUUCUAAGGGCACAACGCUAAGUAAAAUGAACGCCUAAUUAUUACGGAAUAUUUAUUGAUGAACUUAUUUAACGACGUUUUUGGAUUAGUGUACGUGUGGAUGUCCGUGUCAUGUAUGCGUAUGGGGCGUAUUAGAUAUGGGGAGGGUAUGGAUCAUUCUUAAUCAUGAUUUUUAUGAUGUGUCUUCAGUGAGGUGGUUGCCAUAAAUUUGAAUCUUUUGUAUGUCUUUUUUAAUGCUCAAAUGUUGCAAAAAAAAAAACAAAAAAAAAAUCUCCAGGUUUGUUCUAAUAAAGCUUCUUUCUAUA